CAGAGCUUGCUCCAGCUGGGAUGGCAGCUACGGAGUCUUUAAGGCCCACCGGGGGUCUGGUUCCCUAGGCCUCGGCCGGACCACCCACCAUCUUUGCACCUGCCCACCCAGUCCGAGGGCCAUUCACCAUGGGCGGCUGCUUCUCCAAGCCCAAGCCAGUGGAACUCAAGAUCGAGGUGGUGCUGCCCGAGAAGGAGCGGGCCAAGGAGGAGCUGUCGGCCGGCGGCAAGGGCAGCCCCCGCGCCUACCAGGGCAACGGCACGGCCCGCCACUUCCACGCCGAGGAGCGCCUGCCGGGCGCGCACCCCUACCCGGGCGCGCAGGACUGCGUGGAGGCCGCCGUGUGCCACGUCAAGGACCUGGAGAACGGCCAGAUGCGGGAGGUGGAGCUGGGCUGGGGGAAGGUGCUGCUGGUGAAGGACAACGGGGAGUUCCACGCCCUGGGCCACAAGUGCCCCCACUACGGCGCGCCCCUGGUGAAAGGGGUGCUCUCCCGAGGCAGGGUGCGCUGCCCCUGGCACGGCGCCUGCUUCAACGUCAGCACCGGGGACCUGGAGGACUUCCCCGGCCUGGACAGUCUGCACAAGUUCCAGGUGAAGAUAGAGAAGGAGAAGGUGUACGUGCGAGCCAGCAAGCAGGCCCUGCAGCUGCAGCGAAGAACCAAGGUGAUGGCCAAGUGUAUCUCCCCCAGCGUCGGCCACAGCGGCAGCACCAACGUGCUCAUCGUCGGCGCAGGGGCAGCCGGCCUGGUGUGUGCGGAGACGCUGAGGCAGGAGGGCUUCUCGGACAGGAUCGUCCUGUGCACCCUGGACCGACACCUCCCCUACGACCGGCCCAAGCUCAGCAAGUCGCUGGACACCCAGCCCGAGCAUCUGAUCCUGAGACCCAAGGAGUUCUUUCGGGCCUACGGCAUCGAGGUGCUCACCGAGGCCCAGGUGAUCACGGUGGACGUGAAAAACAAGAAGGUCGUGUUCAAAGAUGGAUUCAAGCUGGAGUAUAGCAAACUGCUGCUGGCGCCAGGGAGCAGCCCCAAGACCCUGAGCUGUAAAGGCCAAGAGGUGGAGAAUGUGUUCAGCAUCAGGACGCCGGAGGACGCCAACCGCGUGGUGCGACUGGCUCGGGGACGCAACGCCGUGGUGGUGGGAGCCGGCUUCCUGGGAAUGGAGGUGGCCUCCUAUCUGACCGAGAAGGCCCACUCGGUGUCCGUGGUGGAGGUAGAAGAGACCCCCUUCCGGAAGUUUUUGGGGGAGCGCGUGGGGCGUGUCCUCAUGAAGAUGUUCGAGAACAACCGGGUGAAGUUCUACAUGCAGACGGAGGUGUCGGAGCUGCGGGCGCAAGAGGGGAAGCUCAAGGAGGUCAUGCUGAAAAGCAGCAAGAUGAUCCGCGCUGACGUCUGCGUGGUGGGCAUCGGCGCGGUCCCCGCCACCAGCUUCCUGAGGCAGAGUGGCAUCUGUCUGGACUCCCGGGGCUUCAUCCCCGUCAACAAGAUGAUGCAGACUAACGUCCCCGGCGUGUUCGCAGCCGGUGACGCCGUCACCUUCCCCCUGGCCUGUAGAAACAACCGGAAAGUGAACAUCCCCCACUGGCAAAUGGCCCACGCACAGGGGCGUGUGGCGGCCCAGAACAUGCUGGCGCAGGAGGCGGAGAUCAGUACCGUCCCCUACCUCUGGACCUCCAUGUUCGGAAAGAGCCUGCGCUAUGCAGGCUAUGGCGAAGGCUUCGACGACGUCAUCAUCCAAGGGGAUCUGGAGGAGCUGAAAUUCGUGGCUUUUUACACCAAAGGCGACGAGGUCAUUGCCGUGGCCAGCAUGAACUAUGACCCCAUCGUGUCCAAGGUGGCCGAGGUGCUGGCCUCGGGCCGAACCAUCCGGAAGCGGGAGGUGGAGCGCAGCAAGCAUACGGUGGUGGCUUAUAAGGACGCCAUCUAUGUGUUUGGUGGAGACAACGGAAAGACCAUGCUCAAUGACCUGCUGCGUUUUGACGUGAAAGACUGCUCCUGGUGCAGGGCCUUCACCACCGGCACCCCGCCAGCCCCCCGCUACCACCACUCGGCCGUCGUCUAUGCGAGCAGCAUGUUUGUCUUUGGGGGCUACACGGGGGACAUUUAUUCCAACUCGAACUUGAAGAAUAAAAACGACCUCUUCGAGUACAAGUUUGCCACCGGCCAGUGGACGGAGUGGAAAAUUGAAGGGCGGCUGCCCGUCGCCAGGUCCGCCCACGGCGCCACCGUGUACAGCGACAAGCUGUGGAUCUUUGCCGGCUAUGACGGCAAUGCCAGGUUGAACGACAUGUGGACGAUCGGCCUCCAGGAUCGGGAGCUCACGUGCUGGGAGGAGGUGGCCCAGAGCGGUGAGAUCCCGCCGUCCUGCUGUAACUUCCCCGUGGCUGUGUGCCGGGACAAGAUGUUUGUGUUCUCGGGCCAGAGCGGAGCCAAGAUCACCAACAGCCUCUUCCAGUUUGAAUUCAAGGACAAGACGUGGACCCGCAUCCCCACCGAGCACCUGCUCCGAGGCUCCCCGCCGCCCCCGCAGCGGCGCUACGGCCACACCAUGGUGGCCUUCGACCGUCACCUCUACGUGUUCGGGGGCGCGGCCGACAACACGCUGCCCAACGAGCUGCACUGCUACGACGUCGACUUCCAGACCUGGGAGGUCGUCCAGCCCUGCGCCGACGGCGAGGUUGGCGGAGCCGAGAUGCCAGAGAGAGUGUCAGCUUCCGAGGAGACUCCUGCCCUGGCGCCCGAGGAGCGUGGCGGCUUCAAGAAAUCCCGUGACGUGUUUGGCCUGGACUUUGGCACCACGGCGGCCAAGCAGCCCGUCCAGCCGGCUUCCGAGCUGCCCAGCGGGAGGCUGUUCCACGCAGCCGCUGUCAUCUCGGACGCCAUGUACAUCUUCGGGGGCACCGUGGACAACAACAUCCGCAGUGGGGAGAUGUACAGGUUCCAGUUCUCCUGCUACCCCAAGUGCACGCUGCAUGAGGACUACGGGCGGCUGUGGGAGAGCCGCCAGUUCUGCGACGUGGAGUUCUUGCUGGGCGAGAAGGAGGAGUGUGUCCAGGGCCACGUGGCCAUUGUCACCGCGCGGUGCCCCUGGCUGCGCAGGAAGGUCACGCAGGCCCGGGAGCGGCUGGCCCAGAAGCUGGAGGAGGAGGCGGCCCCGGCUCCCAAGGAGGGGGCUGUGGCCCGGCCACCCCUGCUGCGUGUGUCCAUCCGCGAGGCCGAGGCGCGGCCCUUCGAGGUUCUCAUGCAGUUCCUGUACACCGACAAGAUCCGGUACCCCCGGAAAGGCCACGUGGAGGACGUGCUGCUCGUCAUGGACGUGUACAAGCUGGCGCUGAGCUUCCAGCUGUGCCGCCUGGAGCAGCUGUGCCGCCGGUACAUCGAGGCCUCGGUGGACCUGCAGAGCGUGCUGACCGUCUGCGAGAGCGCCGCCCGCCUGCAGCUGGGCCAGCUCAAGGAGCACUGCCUGAACUUCGUGGUGAAGGAGUCGCACUUCAACCAGGUGAUCAUGAUGAAGGAGUUUGAGCGCCUGUCGUCCCCGCUCAUCGUGGAGAUCGUGCGGCGGAAGCAGCAGCCGCCCCCUCGCGCCCCCUCGGAGCAGCCCGUGGACAUCGGCACGUCCCUGAUCCAGGACAUGAAGGUGUACCUGGAGGGCGCGGGCACCGAGUUCUGUGACAUCACGCUGCUGCUGGACGGGCAGCCGCGGCCGGCCCACAAGGCCAUCCUGGCCGCCCGCUCCAGCUACUUCGAGGCCAUGUUCCGCUCCUUCAUGCCCGAGGACGGGCAGGUGAACAUCUCCAUCGGGGAGAUGGUGCCCAGCAAGCAGGCCUUCGAGUCGAUGCUGCGCUACAUCUACUACGGCGAGGUCAACAUGCCACCCGAGGACUCGCUCUACCUGUUUGCGGCCCCCUACUACUACGGCUUCUACAGCAACCGGCUGCAAGCUUACUGCAAGCAGAACCUGGAGAUGAACGUGACGGUGCAGAACGUGCUGCAGAUCCUGGAGGCGGCCGACAAGACGCAGGCCCUGGACAUGAAGCGGCACUGCCUGCACAUCAUCGUGCACCAGUUCACCAAGGUCUCCAAGCUGCCCACGCUGCGGUCGCUGAGCCAGCAGCUGCUGCUGGACAUCAUAGACUCGCUGGCCUCACACAUCUCCGACAAGCAGUGCGCGGAGCUGGGCGCCGACAUUUGAGGGUCCCCGUUGCGCUCUGCCCACGUGUGGGGGAUGCCCCACACCUGCCCCUGCCAGCCACCAUGUCUCCGCAGCUAUACUUGGCCUGGCAGGGCGGGGGACUCCUGCGGGCAGAGGGGCAGCCCUGGCAUCUCGGAGGGAGCAGAGGGGACAAGGCGGGGUCCCGUGCCUCGAUCGCUGCUGAGGAAGGAGGCACUGGGUGUCGCUGGGAGCCAAGGGGGAGCUGGGUCUGGCACCCAGCACCUCCUGGUCUCAGUAUGGGAGUGUCAGGGCCUGGUGGGAAGAGGGGGUCCCAGCCCAGCUGUGGGGGGAGGUGAGCCCCCCCAUCACAGCGGGAGCCUGGCCGUGGUUCUGGGAGGCUGCCACUGUACCCGCUCAGCCUUCCGGGGGCAUCUGUAAUGGCCGGACUGGGUCCUACUCAAGAUGAAUUUUGGGGUGCAAUGUGCCCCGUGGGUCCGGCCCCAGAGGGGCUGCGGGGUCCCGGCCUGCUCUGCUCUGCUGGGCAGUGUGCUCAGCCCCAGGAGCCGUCCGUGGAGGUGCCCACUGGGCCCGUCUGUCCCUCCCUAUUUAUUUCUGUCACAGACAAGCCUGCAUUAAAGGCACGACAGCGCUACCUA